AUGGACAAACAGUGUUCCAUCUGUAAUAAGGAAUUCUCCUUUAUCAAACAAAACAAAUCAAAAUGUAAAAGAUGUGGACUUGUAGUAUGUCUUGAUUGCAAUAAAAAUGAAUUUAAAAUCUCUUCCUCCAUGUUGAAACCCCUCAAAAAGGAAAAAGUUUGUCUCUAAUGCAAAACUGAUUGUUUGUAUGUGGAACAAUAAUUAGAAUAGUUCCAUCAGUCAUGGAACAAGGAGUCCUAAUUAUAAAUUGAGCUUUUUCAAGAAUCACUCAAUCCAGAGCAAUAUUAAUAGCUCAUCAAAAUUUCCAAAGUCCAGAACAAUUUUAAACAGAAUCUUGAACAAAUUAAAUCUGAUUUAAUCAAAUGCUUCAUUACCCAAGAAAUGUUUAAUUACUCAUUUUAGGAUUGGAUUUGUCAUUCGAUCAAUUAAAUGAAAGUCAAUCAAAUAUUUGAUGACAUAGAAAAUCUAUUAAUUGUAUUUUUGUAUAGAAAUUCAUAAGUGGGAUAUUCCUGCGAAUUAUUGUAAAUUUCAAUAGUUCUACUGACCUAAAUGAAGGAUUAUGCUGCUUUACAAUUAUUAGAAUAACUGUAUGAAUUAAUGCCCUAUGAAUACUGGCCUACUUCUACUUAGGAACCUAAUUUGCAAACUUUAGUUUAGGACUUUUAACUUGCUUUCAAAAUAGAUUCAACCCAAAUCUCUUAAAUCAAAAAGUUUAUGGAAUUCUUUUCUACCCCAAAUACUUAAAGUUUAUUCAUAAAAGGAUUAAAUUUCUCUUGCUUUCAUAUCAUAUUUUUGGAGUUUGUUUAGUAGAUGAACUUUGAAGUGAUUCAAAAAUAUUUGAUUGUAGUUGCUAAAUCUUGUUUAAAAUCAUUUGGAUAAUUUGGUUUUGAUUACAAGUCAAUAGGCAAGCAAAUCCUAAACAAAACCGAUUAUAAAUCUAUCACAUAGAUUAAAUCAUUAUUGGACUAGAAGCUAGGAAACUCUCAACUAACAUUUUCAAGUCCUAAAAGUAGUUUGAUUAGAAAACGUAAUUCUGUGUGCAGCAUCGAAAACAGUAGUUUUAUAGAUACUCUACCAUAAUUAAUGACAUAGUAGAAUUCCUAGAGGGAAAUAAAAGUUGAAGACAAUUUUAUUUUUAAUUUCUAAAAUGAUCAAAAUUUAUAGAUAAUCCAAUUAAUGUAGAUGAUUGAACAAAGGAAAAAAGAACUUUAUGAGUUGCAAAUCAAAAAUACUGCUCUCAAAAAUCAAACCCAAAAUAUUAAAUAGAUAUCCAAAUAGGAACAUGAAGAUUAUUUAAAUAUGGUUGAUAAGAUGUCACAAGAGAUUUAGGAGGAAAUAGCUUAAGGAGUAUAGAUAUACUAUUAGAAAUGAUUAUGAAUUUUAUGUAUAAUUUUUAUCUAAUUUAA